AUGUCCCAUGCUGGUGUGAGAUCAGCAGCAAAAGUGUUGAGUAGAGGUGUACCUUGUGGGAGAUAUUUAACUGAUUUUUUUCCUCUUUCUGCAGGUGGUUCAGUUAGAGAACUUGGAGCUCAGUGGAUCCAUGGCAUCGAAAAUCCACUGUAUGUAUUUUCGAAAGCAUAUGAACUCUUAGCUGAUAAUUUAAAUGAAAUCUCUUAUGAAGACAAAGGCCUAUUUUGUACUCCUGCUGGGGCUGUUGAUAAAAUGAUUAUAGGAGAAGUUCAAAAAGUUUUAAAUGAUACAAAAAAUGCCCUUGUGGAAUGUGAAGAUGGUGAAAAGAUUUCUGCGGAUUGUGUAAUAAUUUCUGCUUCUGUUGGGUUUUUGAAGGAAAAUAUGGAUACGUUUUUCAGUCCUAGUUUACCUGAAAAGAAAAUCAAAGCCUUAUCUAAUAUUGGUUUUGGAACAAUGGAUAAAAUAUUCUUGAUAUUUGAUGAACCUUUUUGGACUUCUGAUGACCAUGGAUUUCAAAUAAUUUGGGCAAAUGAAGAUGAGAAAAGUAUAACGCUUCAAAAUGAGGUAAAAAUUAUCACUCUUCUUUAGUUUCC